CGCGAAUCACCUGUCACUCUCGCUCGAGCGCACCUGUUGCAUCGUUCUAGACUUUUUGUCCUCAACUUUAUUUUUGUUUUGUUUUUACAUUUUUGUCUGUAUCAGCAAGGCCGCUUGGCAACCCAAAUCCCGCCGUGUUUGGAGCAAAGUUCACAUCUGUGAGAAAACAGAUUGAGAUGGAGCCUUGAAGAAGCGUUUGAGUUUCUGGAAACGGGAGGAAUUAUCUGCGAAGUGAAGAACGGGACCGUAGAUUCUCUCUGCUGAGGGUGGAUGUCGUAGAACAUGAAUGCUUUGGGGACCCCAACAAAACCAAGCAAUGUUCACAUUAGACCAGGAGAGUGAGUGUGUGCCGUCUAGAGUAUUUAAAUCAAAACUAAGCUGUAAAAUAAUGAAGAGCAGACAUCGUCCUCCACCCUCCUCAUCCUCCUCUGCUCUUCUUCGCAGUGGGGUGGCCAGAUCGGACAGCAAGAUCAGUGCCAAAACCCUGUUUGAGCAACGAAAGAAGUACUCAAACUCGAACGUCAUCAUGCAAGAGACGUCGCAAUACCAUGUGCAGCAUCUCUCUACAUUCGUCAUGGAUAAAUCAGAGUCCAUUGCUACAGUAGAUGACGCGAUCAAGAAGCUGAAGCUGCUGGACUCCAAAGACAAAAUCUGGACACAGGAAAUGCUGCUGCAGGUGACGGACAAAUCCAUCAAACUCCUGGACUGCGUGACCAAGGAAGAGCUUGAAAACUUUCCUCUGGCCACUGUCCAUCAUUGUCAGACGUUGUUGAACCAGACCAGAUAUCCGUCCGUCCUUCUGCUCAUCUGUCAGGACAAUGAACAACACAAACCAGACAUUCACUUCUUCUACUGCGACGAAGUGGAGGCCGAGAUGGUGCACGCUGACAUUGAUAGCGCUCUGGGAGACAACACACGCGGCAAGAAGACGCGACCGCAGACGCUAAAGAUGAACCAAGAAAAGAUGAAACGCCAACGGGAGAGCAUCAUCCCGGCCUCUGAGCCUAGAAAUCCUGGCCCUGGGGUCAAGGGUCGCGUUGCAGCUACGGACAUGAAAGAUGAACUGUCGAUGCAGGACCCCGAGUCCAAUAUGAAACUGGCCCAGCGGAUCGAAAAGGACGUGCAAAUCCUGAACUGCACUCUAGACGACAUCGAGAUCUUCGUUGCACGUCUUCAUAAAGCGGCAGAGGCUUUCGCGCAACUCAACCAGCGCAACAGGAGCAAGAAAAACAAAAAGAGAGGACCGGCAGAGGGAAUGCUAACACUACGAGCUAAACCGCCAUCAGAAGGCGAGUUUAUCGACUGUCUUCAGAAGCUGAAACUCUCUUUCAAUCUGCUGGCCAAACUGAAGAAACACAUCCAGAACCCUACCGCUGCAGAGCUAGUGCACUUCCUGUUUGGGCCUCUGGAACUGAUACUGCAGAGUUGUGGCAGUCCCGAGCUGCCGCGUGCGGUCAUCUCUCCUCACCUGUCCCGGGACACAGUGGACUUCCUGAGAGGACACCUGACUCCCAAAGAGAUGACCAUCUUUGAGCUGCUGGGAGACGGUUGGACGCGACCCAGAGCUGAUUGGCCAAAAGAUCAGUGCGCUCCUCUGUACGUCCCAAAGUUCCGGAACGGCUGGGAGCCGCCGCUGGAACUAUUCCGCUCGUCGCCGUGGGAGACGGAGACCGCCGGUGCGCCGGUGCAGACAGAAUACAGACCCAAAGAGUUCUAUGGAUCACAGUCAUCGCUCUCUUCAAACGGGUCUUUCUCAAUGUCUCCUGCUUCUCGCAAGUAUGCAAAGAUCCGCUACCACUUUGUGGCACGUAACGUAAACGAGCUGUCGGUGCUUCAGGAUGAAAUUCUGGAGGUGUUGGAGGAUGAUAAGCAGUGGUGGAAGCUGAGGAAUCGAAGUGGACAGGCGGGAUACGUGCCCUAUAAUAUCCUGGAUGUGGUAAAACUGGAGGACCCUCAAACUAUGAUUGACCCGCCAUACAGUCCAGGAAUACCUUAUAGUCUGCCAUACCGUGGACAGUCUCCCUCCGGCUCAAUGGGCAGUGAAAAAGACGGUCACACUCAACAGAUGGAUAAAGUGAACGAUGAGCUGCUCAUGUUGAUCAGUGGAAAUAAGAUUCAACAGCCCACGAGGAACUUCAAGGUGGUGCGUCAGUCUACUGUCCCGCUGGCGUUUGACUCCAGCCCGGCCGAGGUCACCACCUGGCUCAAGGCCAAGGGCUUUUCCAAACCGACGGUGGAGCGUCUGGGCAUCCUGACCGGCGCGCAGCUCUUCUCUCUGAAUAAAGAUCAUCUGAAGACCGUGUGUGGAGACGAGGGAUCUCGUGUCUUCAGCCAGAUCACCGUCCAGAAAUCACAACUAGAGAAGAGUCGAGGAGAUUCAGAACUGCAAGAGAUUCUGACUAAACAACAAGAGAAAAUUUCAUCUGCCCCCUAAACACGCUCACACAGACUGUCAAUCAAACAGUCACCUGGUAACAGUAACCGUCAACCAAACCCACCAAUGAAAUUCAGCCACACCGUCGACCAAACGUCUAAUCCAAUAUAUUUUUUAAUUGUGUAUUUAUUGUUGGUGCUUUUUAUUAGUGCAUGUACGGACCUUAUUGUAAUUUAUCCACAUAUGUUAUCUGGUUCAUGCUGGAAAAUACUUACUACUCUUUAUUGCAUGAAAACAAUGUAUGGGUGAAUCUCAUGAAAACAUGUACAGGUCAUGCUUCAAAAUUAAAAGAAAAAUUAUGAACGAUAAAAAUAAAGGACUAUUAACAUUUUGCUUUUUCAUGUCAUUUUAACCACAAUUGCUCAAAGUAGACUUUUUCUUUAGAGUUUUUAUGUAAUUCUCAAUUAUUAAAUAGCAUGUACAGUGACUUGUCACCUCAAAAUCCAAAGAAAAAUUAUGAAAGAAAAAUGACUAUUUAAGGACCCUUUUUUGUUACUUUUGCAUUUCCGUGUCAUUUUAUCCACAGCUUCUCAAAUGCACACAUUUUGAGUUUGUCAUUUUUGAUGAUUCUUGUUUUAAGCGGAGGUGAAAUGCAAUAUGUAUAGUGCAAAAAUGUAAAUUUAAGCAAAAUACACAUCUUUCUUGUAGUGGUUCAGUGUGACUCGUACAUGUUGACAGGUGAGAUUCACCCGUGUCUGAGCGGAGUGAAUGUUUUCUGGGGUUUGAUCUGUGACAUUGGUUUUUGAAAGAAACAAAUGUAAAUAAUGUGCUAAAUUCAGUCGCAUCAUGCAUGUUCCGAUGCUGAUCAUUAUAUCGAAUGAAUGAAGCGAGAACAGUAUAUUUAUCAGCUGGAUUCAUGCACGUCUUUUUUUUUAUUUGUAUAAAGCGCAUUUAGAGACUUUGAUCUUACAGUAUGUGGUUUAAUCACAAUAGAGACACUUUAAAAAGACACACAGAUGAGAUUUAAUCAGUUUAAUCAGAUAACAAUUGUAGGAAAUCAAAUUAAAUGUCAUAUUAAACCGGAAGUAGUAUUAUCCUCUGCUAGUUUCUCCAAAUGUUAUUUAUAAAAACCAAAUCACUGUAUUGUAAAUUUCAGAAAUAAAGUGACUACUAAAAA